GGUAACCGGUUCGAACUAAAAAGAACGGUUAAUAACGUUCUUUUUAUAGUGACAGGACUCCGUGCUAAGGGGUGGGUAAAAUACCAGUAGCAGUGUUGCCAGAUCUCACAAGAAAAACAAGCAACAUGGUCUGGAAAAACAAGCCUAAAAUAAGCCACUUGCCUCACUAAAAUAAGCGAAAAUAAGCAAUUAUAAUUUUUUCCCUGUGUGGUGGAUUGAUCAGCAUAGAAAUCAGACGCAGUUAAUUAAGAGUGAAGUAUAAUUUUAUUUACAGAUCUGCUUCUAAGUCAAAACCCAACAUCAUCAAAUCUGUAUUAAUGCAUCAUAUGUAACAAUAAUUCAGUGAAGAAACAACUGAGAAAUGUUCUUUUGACCUGUAAUAAUGUUUUCCUUGUAUCAGGAUUAGUCGUGCAUGUACAGUAAAUGUAGUAAGCAUACAUAGUUGUUAAAAAUAUGUUCAUUCACAGAAUGCUUCAUCCACAACGGGCGAUUAGACAAAGAAAUGUGUGAUGCAGCAGUUUCCUUCAGGAUCAAAGCACAUGUUUCAUUUGUUUGGGCAACACGAAGUGGUGUAGUUCCAAAAAUUAAACCCUUUGGCCUUUUGGUUUCAGGAAAACUUUAUCUGAACAAAAUGAACCAGUUAUAACCAGUUACCAGCAUUUAAAAAUAGCGUUUUCACUCCAGAACAAUUGAAAAUCACUUUGUUCCCGUUUUUGGUUACGUUCUGCAAAAAUUUGGUUCGCUUUUGGUUUUUGUUUCCGUUCCUUGAACCCUUUUUUAGUCCCUGAUUCCAAGUCUUCUUAAGUCAUAUGACAGCUUUGUUUGAAGAAUGGGCCGGAAUUUCAUUCGUUAUUCACAGAAAAUCAUCCCCUUCACUGAAGCUCUCAAAUCAUAUACUACAUCAAACAUCUCUCAUAUCUCGAGACCAAACGUCACUGGCGUCAAACCUCUAAAGAUGCAUAUUUGAUUCGAAAGCUAAAGCAGAGGGCAAGAUUAAUAGUGAAUAAUGACUUAAAUUUGAGUCUGUUUGUCAUACAAAGCAAUCAUCUUCAGAACACUUGGAAUUUCGUCAUAUGGACUACAUUUGUGACAGACUGUCGCUGUGAACUGUUGUUGUAUGGACAAGAGCAGCAUAAAGAUUCUACAGAAAGUCUCCUUUUGUGUUUCACAGAACAAAUUACAGCAUGUGGAUAAAAGUAAUAGCAUGUUGUUUAAUACAAUAUGAGGGUGUGUAAAUAAUGACAUAAUUUUUGAGUGAAAUAUUCCUCUAAAUAUGCUUUUAAUACAAUACUUAAUACACAAAGCCUUGGACAACAAAGAAAAAAUAAGAAAUAGGGAAAAAUCUGAGAGCAGAAGAAGGAUUCAAUGGCAGUGAAUCAAAGAGGAGAAGAGAGUGAGCGAGAGAGAGACAUACAGAAAGAGAGAAAGAGAGAGAGAGAGAGAGUAGAAGAGAAAAGUGGUCUGAUUCGCUCAGCAGAUCCUACAGCUCUCUGGAGAGGAAGUUGCUACACAUUGCUGCUGUAGCUUCAGGUUCAUCCAGCAUCUUGGUGAGUGAUCGCUUAUUUCUGCUUGACAGAAAGAAGGUAAAGACAUUUUUUUUUUCAGUUCUCAAAUGUGUGCACUUGCUCACAUUACCUCUGAUUGUGACUUCAUUCUUCUCAAACUUGCUCAAGGCUUUUUGUGGACACAGCUGAAACGGGAAUAUCCUUCUAAGCAUCACAAUGGACAACACCACUCCCUUAAUAAACACUGACAGAAACUCCACCGAUGGUCAACUACUAACCAUGAUGCCGAAGAGCUCGCUGGAGGUCCAGGUGGUCACCAUAUCCCUGACCCUGCUCAUCUGUGGGGUGGGAAUCGCUGGGAACGUCAUGGUGGUUCUGGUGGUGGUCCGCAGCAAGCACAUGAUGACCGCCACAAACUGCUACCUGGUGAGUCUUGCCGUGGCCGAUCUGACCGUGCUGUUGGCAGCUGGGUUACCAAACAUCUCUGAAGUUGUUGCUUCGUGGAUCUACGGUUACGUUGGAUGCCUGUGCAUCACUUACCUGCAGUACCUGGGCAUAAAUGUGUCAUCUUGUUCCAUAACGGCCUUCACCGUAGAGCGAUAUAUCGCCAUCUGCCACUCCAUCAAAGCCAAGUUCAUCUGCACCGUGUCGCGGGCCAAGAAGAUCAUUGCUUGUGUUUGGAUCUUCACGUCCCUGUACUGUCUCAUGUGGUUUUUCCUUGUGGAUACGAAGGAGACAGUUUAUGCCAAUGGCGUUGUGGUCAGGUGCGGCUAUCGGGUGUCCAGGAAUCUCUACAUGCCUAUCUACUUCCUAGACUUUGCUUUGUUUUAUGUCGUCCCUCUCGUUGUAGCUUCUGUCCUGUAUGGUCUGAUCGCAAGAGUCUUGUUUAGAAACCCGUUGCCAACAAACCUCUCAGAGCAGCAGAACUCGGUGAAGGUGUCCUGUCAACGAAACAGAAAACAGGUGACACAGAUGUUGGCUGUGGUUGUGGUUUUGUUCGCUCUUCUCUGGAUGCCCUAUCGGACUCUAGUGGUGGUGAACUCCUUCAUGGAUCCGCCGUAUCUCAACACCUGGUUCCUGCUGUUCUGUCGCAUGUGCAUUUACACAAACAGUGCCAUCAACCCUGUCAUUUACAAUGCCAUGUCCCAGAAGUUCCGUGCUGCGUUUAAAAGACUCUGUCACUGUCAAAGCAGUUCAGAACAGCGACAACCAGGCAGAUGCACCAGACCGGUCUACUACAGCACCAUUAAAGAUGUAUCCGAUGAAAACAGAGUGGAUAGAACUGAGCAGAAACACAUUAGUGUGAAGAGAGUGGAGACAGGCAUGUUUAGCAUUGCUUGAUCUGAGCAUAUCAGAGAGAACAAUGAGGAAUGGAUUGAAGUUAAUUAAUCAUGUGAUCUGUGAGCCUUAUUUUUUGGUAUAAAGACCAAAGUAUACUUCGGGUUUGAUGCAAACUCUUAGCGUCUGCGUACAGUCGAAUGUUCUUUCAAAGUAUACUUAAUUUUCCUGUGCGCUCAUACACAGGCGGGUGAUGCAUGCACACUGGACUGCUAUGAUAUGCCGGACUAUUUCUCUUCAGGAGUUUAGACCCAUAUAGAUGUCUUUAUAUUCCUUCAGACUUGAAUUAUACAAAUGCAGGUAUCUCCUGACUUGACGUGCACACCCACUGUUGUUGUUUAGCGGCGAUAAGCGCUUCUUUGUGACAGCAACGGGUCAACUAUGGGUGUUGCCACUUUGUGGACCAACUAAUUAGUGGAAAUUAUUCUAGGCACACGCGCAUACUGUGCUUUCAGACUUUGUGUGGUUAGAAAAAUCGUCCCGCACGCGUUAAGUGCUCAGGCACUGAAAUUUGCACCACGCCUCUGACCAAAGUAUACUUGGGGCUUAAGGAUUUGUAUUGUCACAAAGCUUUUACAGCUUAAAAGGAUGGCUCACCCAAAAAUAGACAUUCUGUCAUCAUUUACUCACCCUCACAUUUUUUUCUUCUUCCAUGAAACACAAAACGAGAUGUUAGACCAAGGGCUCUAUUUUAAGAGCACUAAGCACAGUACUAUACGAUACGUUAUAUGCGCAAAGUCAAUGGGCAUGGCCAUGAAGUUUCGGUAUUUUCAUGCAAGCAUGCGCAAAGUCUAGGCGCAAGUGGGUUUAACGAAAUUGUGCGCACAACGCACUAACAGGCUGAGUCAAGUACAAUUUAACUCUGAGGUUCUUCUCCAGUUAUUGCACUGUCUGCAUCCUAUUAUAUAGUCCAUUCCCUCAAGCACCAGCAUUAUAAACAAUGACAGAACAUUCAUAAGAUUUUGGUAGUGUAAAUGGAUUGUAUGCAAUGAAGUAGAAGAAUAGAAAUAUGGAUUGAAUGUCAGGCAUAUUUCUAUGAUAGUGACACGCUCCUUUUAUAUGCAUGGAAAAUGUGGUUCUCGUCAGGACUUGGAUGUAAGCUUCGUUAAAUUAUAGAGAAUGUAUUAUAUAGAAAGUAUUAUUAAUACAAAUUUAUCUACUGAUGCACGAAUCAUGGCUAGUAUUAACAGUGACUGUAUCGGAAUGCACUUCACUUCUACCGGUCGAUUUUGCUUUAAAUUAAAUCCAUUUAUUUAAACAUAUAAAAUAUUUCUAAAUUCAAAAUACAUUUCAAACUAAAUGAAAAUAUAAUUAAAAUAAUAAAGUGAACAAUAAAAUGGCAUAAAACCACCUCCUGUAAAAUCCAAAAAUUUGACUCUUUCCAACUUUUUCCACCGGCCCAUUUUGCAGUGACUUAAAAAUCACUCUAAGACAACAGGUGGAAAAAUACCAAUACAAAUUAGAUCAGAAAUACAAUUGGAAACAUAAUAAUUAUGAUAACUGAAAAAUAAACCAUACUCUCUAGAUAGUUUAACAUCUCAUAAAUAUUUGACUACAACAGUGAUUGUCAGGGACAUAAUUUGAUGUUCCACUAUAUUUUCAGAGUUUGGACAUGACUUUAUUUCCACCUGCUGGUGGAAUCUCCAAACGGCAAAUGUAGGAACUGAGUUUAGACUUUGCGCUGAAAACACGUGCUUCUCAAACGUCUUUUUGCAAUGAUCUAUUUCUCAGGAAAACAGCAAGUUGCGCUUUGCACCACUUCAUUGAUAUACAAUACACCCACAGAUAGCGUGUGACAAGGAGCAGGGUGGAGCCGGGCCGUGACUAUGCAUGCCCGGCCCCCAAUCGGGCUAAUCAGCCAAGGAGAGGAAUAAGUGCAGCGGGAUGCAGCAGUGAUGUCUCCAUCCCUGGGCGGAUGGCUGCGGCUGCUCCUAGAUUGGCCGGUAAUGGCGAGGACUCCCUGACAGCGCAUCCCUCCUCCUUCCCGGGCUUCUGCACCAAUGUAACAUGGUUGACAUGGGAAAGGAGGAGGCGGGAACCGGCUGAACAAUCAAAGUAAUAUUUGAAUUAAAACUAAAAACAUAAACGCACACAUGGCAUCUGCAUGUGGCUCUCUCUCUCUUGAACUGCUGCAUUCCGCUGCACUUAUCCCUCUCCUCGGCUGAUUAGCCUGAUAGUCACAGCCCGGCCCCGCCCUCCUCCUCGUCACAUAGCGCAAACACUCUCACCCAUGCCCACUUGCUCUUAGAAUUAACGCUAUUACGAAAAUUAGAUAACAUGUUGCGCACAGUCAUCACUAAAAUAGAGCCCCAAAUGUCUACGCUGCUUUUUCCACAGCUGUAAAGCAAGAUUUUCAGUGAAUAUUUCUUAAAUUUCAUUCUGUUCUUCACACAAAUGAUACUGUACAGCUUCAGAAGACUUGAAAUACAGUGCAAGUCAUUGGAAACUACUUUUAUGAUGCUGUUACAGUUUCUUUUUCACCUUUUUCACAGCUCAGACAUUCUGAUAAACUUCUCCUUUUGUGUUCCACAGAAGAGUCAAACAGUUUCGAAACGACAUGAGGGUGAGUAAAUGAUGACAGAAUUGUAAUUUUUGGGAAACUAUCAACUUUAUAAUCUAUCCCUUUAAACAGUUUUGUAUUAUUGCUGUAAAAAAAAAAAAAAAAUCUCCAAAUACUUCACUGCGGUUUUAGUGUUCAGUAGUGAGUAUAUUCUAUAUAAAACACUUUAAUUGUCUCCAGUAUUUAACUGUGUUGUGAAAAAUUGUUCUGUUACUCAGCUCUUCAUGUGUUUCACAUGUCUGUAAUGCCAUGUUAAACUAAAUGUGAGAAUAAAACAUUUAAAUGGGUCAUAAAAACAGCCUUGUUUUUAUUCCCAUCAAAAAAUAAUGUCUAUGGUUGGCCCCUUGUUUACUGCAUGUGAUUAGAAAGCUCAAAAGUUAUUGAACAACUCUACAAUCUUUAUAAACUUUCAUCCAUUUGUGAACAGUUUUGAGUGCAUGAACAAAUAGCCAUGCAUGUAAAUGAUCGGACAAUACAUUUAGCUGUUGAAAAAACCCUUUCUCUCUCUCUCUGUUUUCAUCAGUCAUUCUACUUGUUUAAUUUUCUCAUUUCUGUCAUUCCCCUGGUAAAAAUAGCUCAUCAGGCAUGUGCUCUAAACUGUUUGAUUGUUCCAUCAUGUUCUAUGACAUAAACGCUCCACACGCUGUAUAAAUGCAUCAGUUUGAUCAAACAUGUCGACUGUUCUCUGAACUGGAUCUUUGUAUGUGAUAUUUUUAGUUUGACACAACCUCUUUGUUUUUUAGUUAUUUUAGUAUAUUUUUUUCAGCUACAGUAUCUUAUUUUAUUCUUUUCUCUCUAUUUGAGAUGUUUUCAUGCUUUGAUGUCACUAUUAGAUACCCAGAAUUCACCUUUCACCUACCUGAACUAAAUAUGUCAAUCAUUGCAACACAUGAUUGAAGUCUUUGUAUAGACUUUUGGACCCUGCUGUACACUUACAAACCUCAGUUAGAGCAAAUAAAUCAG